UUCGAACAAGUGGCCUUUCGGGUGGGAGGUUUUGGAUAUUGUGGCGGGAGAUGCAGCGCUUCACGAGCAAGCGGCGCAACCUCAACGUCGACGCGACGCUCGCGGCCGCGACGCUCGGCGAGUCGCCGCUCUCUUCACCGCUGCGAAAAGAGCAGCACCGACCUUCCGCGCACACGCCGCUCUCGCCCAACGGUCUCUUGUCGCCGCGCAACCUGCCGGCGAGCUUAGACCGCGUCCCGAGCGAGUAUGCGUCCAAAGCGACCUCGAGCCACGCAGGCGGCCACGGCUUUCUCGUCUACGGCGCGAUCGUGUCGUGCUUGAGCAUGGACCGCGGCGGCUUCCUCGCCGGCGACGGUCUCAUCACGUCCGAGGUGCGACUCGAGGGUCUCGUGCAGAGCUUAAAAGCCACGGUCGAGCUCGUUGACGCGCAGCUCACCGACCCGGGGGGUCAACGGGACGUCUAUGUUGUCGCGUGCCACACCAAGGACUGCCUCUUUGAAGUGCUGCCCAAGAUGGCGUACGAAGCCACCGCGGCGUUCGAGGAAGCCAAGGCAUCCGAGGAUGCGAGCACGACGUCGACCGGGUUCUCGGACGCCUUCUCCGAUCUCAAGUUCAAGAGCGAGUCGGAGCUCCGGCUCAACGCCAACGUCUACGACAAGCUGCACGGAACGCGCGUCAAGUACGGCCAGCUCAAAGACCAGACGGUGCAACUGCGGCACAUCAAGACGGGCAAGUACAUAACCAUGCAGCCAACAAGGGACAAGGAGACCCUCGAGGUGGUCUUGUCGGACGGCGCGGCGGCGUGCCAUCUCACAUUGCUACCGCGCUUCAAGCUUCGAAAGACUGGCGAGUCUGUCCAGCUCAUGGACCAAAUUGUGCUUGCGGCGAUGCACAAGGCGCAGCGAUUCUCGAUGCAUGUUUCGACCCGCAGCGCCAUUGACGGCGCGUCGACGCUCGUGCACGCGUCCGUGUCGCACUCGUCCCAGUGGCGCCUAUCGCCCUACGACCACUCGGAGAAGGACGUCUCGAGCGCAACGACGUACCAGCCCGACACGAGCCGCGGACUUCGAUCCGGGCUGUGCAUUCGACUGCUGCACUUGGAAACGAGCGCGUGGCUGGGCUGCGGCGGUGGCGCCGUGCACCUUCGAGCCGAGUCGAGUGCCACAUCCGACGCGUCCGACACCAACUCGCCCCUCUUGUCACCCGAAACGCUGUGGGAAGUCGAAAAGAGCUGCUUCCUCGACGGUGGCCUCUUGCACUGGACCGACAGCGUGUGCCUUCGUCACGUCCUUACCGGCCAGUACUUGCACGUGGAGAACACGGAGGCAGGGCUCCGAGUGGCCACGAACCCGGUGCCGCAGUCGUCGUACAUUCUACGCCCCACGACGCUGGUUAACCCGCGGUACCCCAUUGGUCACAAGAGCGCGGUGCUGCUCCAGCACGCGCAGACGCUCACCUACCUGCACACGCGAAGCAGCGCCCAUCUGCACGUCUCGUCGCCUCUCGUGACACUCUUGACGCCGCAAGACGAAGACGCGUUCAAGAUCGUGUCUGUCUCGUCCACGGAGCUCCACGAUACGCUGCGGCUGCUCGCCUACCGUACGCUCUGCGAGAGCUUCAUCGCGAGCUUUGCCAGCGCGUCGGGCGGGGACCCGCGCUUGGACGACGUCGAGCGCGUUCUGAGCCAGCUCAACACGUUUACGUUUCUCGACACGCAGACGCCCGACCACGUACUAUGGCUGCGGCAGACGCUCCUGCACCGGCACCAGUUUGUGCCGCUGCUCACGCGGAUGCUCGAGGCGCCGUUCGCAGCGUACGGCGGUCCGUUCUCAAUCGACUACGUCUGCGGGUUCCAGCCCACCGACGAGCCGAGCGACGGCCUCGAAGCUCUGCCCAACACCAACGGCUUUCGGUCGCCUGGGGGCGGGCGCUCAAGCUCUGGUGUCGCGCCGCCACCCCCGCCCGUCGAUAUGAGGCUGUUGCCUCUGUUUCAAUGGCCGCCGACUGCGAUGCGGCAGCUGCACCACGUGCUCUGCGCGAUCAACAUCCUCUUGUUUCGCAUGUUCUACAGCAGCAAAACGUCCGACACGUCGGCGUGCCGGCAUGCCAUGCCCGUCCUGCUCGCGCUCCUCGGACAUGGGUUCAAGGCGUCGGUGCCGCUCUCAUAUUUGAUCCAAGAGAAGUUCCACCUCUCCGAGUCGUUUGCGUCCUUCUCCGCGAUCGUCCGCAACUUCUUUGAUCUGAUUCGGCGCCACGGCAAGGCGAUGCGGUACCUGCAGUUCCUUGUCGUGCUCUGCUCGGCCAACGGCCACGCAGUCCCCAAGGUCCAGGAAAAAAUCUGCGAGCUGCUCUUCAACCCGAGCCACGGCUACUCGGACGCCGUCCUCGUGCACACGCGCCCGACGCCAUCGGGCCUCGAGCUCUGCGUCGACGCGAGCGCGGACCAGUGGGUCUCGCUCAGCACGUUCUUUGACGACUACUAUAGCCACAAGUCGCAUGCGACGCUCGCCCCGUACUUUUACGGCCUCCUGCAGCUUUACUGCGCGCUCUGUAUGGACCGCAACUACACGUGCAUUCGGUGCUUGGCCGGCAGCUUUCCGCGCGCGAGUCUCUUGGCGUGCGUGCAAGACGCUGCGCUCUCGCGGUCGAUCCGCGCGGUGCUUCUGAACCUCCUCGUCGCGCUGCACCUGGACUGCGAGCCGCAGACGCCGCUGCCGAGCCCCAACUACACGCGUAUCUGGAAAGAGGUGUUGUUGCACCAAGACAAGCUCCCGGUCGCGCGAGAUGGCAUGUACUCUGCCGACGACUGGGCCUUCUUUGGGCAGCUCCAGUCGCUCGCGAUGACGUACUUUCGCAAGCAAAAUGGACUCGUCAUCAUCACCGAGGCGGCACAGAACGACCUGACGUUAGCGUUUGUCCGGCUGUGUAAAAAAAUGGUGGCGUUCGGGCUCUUUCGGUCGAUCGCUGAACUCGGCGCGCUUGUGCUGGAGCUGGUCAAGCUCCUCGACAGCCGCACCGACUACUGGUACCGGCCGUCGACCAAGUCGCAUCGGGAGUUGGUCGACCCCACCGAGGUGAUCGUGUCGCCCACCUUCUUCCACCGGUCGUCCGAGUCGACGCGCUUUGACCUCCAGGCGCAGAACGCCAUCAUCCAGCAAACCGAGGGCGGCCAAGCCAUUCGGCGGGCGUCGCUCGAGCCCGCGCGUCUCGCAACAAAGAAGUCCCUCGAGCCAGCGUCCCCGCGCCGGCGUCGACGGUCGACCAACGCGCCCAAGCUCAAGGCGCCCGUGGAGCCUCCGAUGAAGACCAAGUUCCAAAUGACCGACCUCACGCAAGUGCUCAUGGAGAUCAAGGACGACAUUUGCGCGACACUGCUGCUUGUUGACGCGCUCCGCCUCGACGCGCAGAUCUCGACGGUGCUCGUGACGCUGGCGACCGAGCCGCCGUUCCACGCCCCCCGGUGGCGCCGAAGCGCGUCCAAGCCCCUCUCGACGCUGGCGCGCUCGAUGUUUGAGACACCGAACCUUCGCUGCCGCUACAGCCUCUCGGAGCUCGCGCACCGACCGAUCGACACGAUCUUGCUGCAAGCGCUAAUGUACGAGCACCCGCCGCUGGUGUCCAAGGCGCUCGAGCUGCUCAUGCAGCAGUUCAACCAGCACGAGCAGGUGACGAAAGCACUCGCCAACGUCCUCCUCCUCGUCAACGACGCGACCGUCGGCAUCUACAGCCAGCUCCAAGCCGACGUGCAGCGAUUGUGCCAUUUCGCCGAGACGACCGAAGUCUGGAUGAACCUCACGUCAACCGACGAUUUCAAUGUGGCGACCUCGGUCACGGGCCUUCUCACCUCCUUUACGGCGCUUCUGCAGUCGUCUGGGAUCGUGCCCGAGAUCCGGGAGCGCCGCCACAGCCUCACCAUUGGGCCGCCAAAGCCGGCGACGCAUUCAGCGAGUGCGCAUCAAGUCGAAGUCCGGCGCCUUCUCCGUAAUCUCAACGCCAUGCAGACGAUCUUCGACAUGCUGCGGGACGGCAACCACUUUUUCAAGAGCCAUUUUCCGUCCGUUCUAGGGGAUGCAAGCCGAGCGACAAGUCCGACGGCGCACGCGACGUCGAGCUUUAGCCGCCCGCAGCAGCAGGCCGCGCUGCGUCCCGUCUUUGUCGAAGCGCUGCGCUUCUUCUACGCGUUUGGCGCGGCCAACAGCAUGAAUGUAUCGCUGCUCGCCGAGCACACGCUGGCGCUUCUAGACCUCGUCGAGGAACUCGAAGAGGCGCAAGACGUACUGACGCUCAUCUACGGCAGCAGCGAACCCCUCUGCAAAACAGUUCCCGUCAAAGUCCUCCAGCACUUUCUCGAUCUCUGGCGCGUCGAGCUCGAGGUGCACCAGCAGCCCAAAGGGCGGUACGUUCACGCCCUCGAAGCGCUCGUCCGCGUCGGGGACGCGCCCGUGCCCGAGAACCAGCUCGUCGUUCUUCUCGAGCUUGUCAAGCCCGAGGUCGGGUACCUCCAGCUACUUAGCGCCUCGCCCGCCGGGUUUCUCACUCUCCUCGCCGAGACCAAGGUCGAGCCGAGCACGGAGCGAGACGCGGUCGUGACCUACCACCUCGACGUGCUGCACUUGCUCGCGUCCUGUGCUUUGGGAAAUGACGCACGGCUCAAAGACCUCUGCGCGUCGAUCCUGUCGCUCGACUCGCUUCUGAGCCUUCUGCACGUGGCGGCGUCGACCUGCGUCGGCAGUCUCCACGAGCAUCCGUGGCUCGGCAAUGUCGCCAUGGCGCUUGCUCGGUUUCUGAAGGAAGUCUACUUGACCUCGGAGGCGCCACCGUGGUCGCAGCAGCCGCAAGCCACCCACGAUCAGAUCGUAACGACGCUCGACACGCUGUUCGUCGAAUACACGUUUGCGCACCUCUGCUGCCUCCAGCAGAGGGACGCCGCCGCGCUGACACCGCCGCAGGCACAUGUCGUGUACGACGGCGGGCGUAUCUGGGUCGACGUGGCGUCGGCGUCUUACAAGAAGCUGGCGACUGACGAUCCGCCGUACGAGUCGCACCUUCUCACGUUGCUGCUGCCGGCGCUGCAAGCGUGCGUAGUCGAGCUCUCGGCUCCUGCGUCCGUGCUCAUCUCCCUCUACGAGACGCUGUUCUCGCUGCUCUCGACAGCCGUGACGGCCACGACGUUUGCGCAGCUCUCUCCGUCCGACCAAGACGCUCUCCUCGCCGCCGCACGGGUCCUCGACAAGCUUGCGUCGGCCCAGAACGACCCGAGCGCCCUUGAAAACCUCGCGUACGAAGCGUCGGCGCGCCCCAAGCGGCCGUACUUGGGCCAGAACCGCGUACUGCGCUCGAUUGUGCUUGGCGAAGCAAGCGCCAGAGAGACCCUUCGGGCGCUCUACGACCAGCUGCAGCACCCAGACGCAGCGAUGGCCUCACCGCCGAGAACGUCGCUGACAGCGCGGCCCAAAGACGCGCUGCACGUCUCGCGCUCGUCGCCCACCAAAGGGCUUGGACCGCUGCGACAGGCCACGACGCCGUUGUCACCACCGUCGCCGGUGAAAUCGCCGGCGCCACAUUCGCGCUGGCAAUCGUCGCUCGCGCGGUGUCGGCAGUUUUUGUCGCUGUCACCUCUGGACGCCGGGUGGGACGGCGCCAAGCAUGGCGGGAUGGUACCGGUGGUCGCAAGUGAAGACGGUACGGUCCUCGACACGUUUCUAGCGCUCGUCAAAGCGGACCCCGAGACCCAAGUCGCACGGUCGGCAGAGCUGCACGCGAUGAUGCAGCGCAUCUUGCACUUGGAGGACGCUCUUCGCGACGAAGCCGAGUCGAUUUCGGAUGUCCCCAAGUCGUCCUUGACCUUUGAUGACGUCAUCCUCAAGCUCAUCGAGCACUUCAAGCUGCUCAAGCACGCCAAGUAUGCCAAGAUGAGCGUCGCUCUUCUCGACAUCUUUUGUCAAAUGAUCAAGUCGCUCGAGCCGUCGCGACGCCAUGCGAUGCAGCAGAAGCUCGACAAGCUCGGCCUCACCGUGCUCGUGGUCAACAUCAUUAGCUCGACGACCGACAGAGUUGUCUUUGACCGCAGCAUCGCCCUCGGCAUCGCCCUACUCGACGGCAUGAACGCCAAAGUCCAAGAGAAUUUUUACGCAACGUGGACCGAGUCCAAAACGACCAAGUUCUUUGAGCGUCUCAAGCAUCGAAUGGACAGCGCGACGGACGAGGUCAAGACCGUCGCACAAGUGCCCGCGCUCGAUGAGCUGCCCCGGCCCCACUCGAUGGUCCUCCGGCUCUCGCACCAGGCGCGCAGCGGACGUCUCGAGCCGGCCGACGACGCACCGUAUGCGAGUAUCGUAGCGAUCUUUCGGUUCCUCCAGCUGCUCUGCGAGGGCCAUUACCUCCAUACGCAGCAGUAUUUGCUCGCGCAAGGGAGCACUGUGAGCAGCAUCAACCUCGUCGAAGCCACCACGUCGUUUCUUCUCGAGAUCUACCCGAGCCUCAACAGCGCCAACGUGCUGUUGUUCAAGCAGCUCUUUGACACCAUCACCGAGUUUUGCCAGGGUCCGUGUCAUGAAGCACAGGAGUGCGUCGCCAACUACAAGUUUAUUUCGGUUGUCAACGAACUGCUGGUCGUGACGUCGCUUCCCGAGAGCGACGCGCGUCUGCACAUGCGGCAGCUCAAAGGCGCGAUCGUGGUCUGCCUCCUGAGUCUCAUUGAAGGUCGGACCGAUGACAUUAUCCACGACCGGCUUGUCACCGAACUCAACUUUGACACGAUCAAGGACAACGUGGUCGAUGUCCACCGCUAUUUUCAAGAGACGUACCACGGUGUCUACGACGGCAACACGGCGUGCAGCACGGACGCAUUUCUGGCAUUGGGCUUCAACGUGCACAUUCUGAUCCAGCACCUCAUGGAAUACCAGCCGUCGCUCGGCAACACGCUCUUCCCCAAGCAGUCGGCGUCGCACUUGACGCAGCAAAAAGACGCGGCUUACGCAGUGGCGUACGCCUUCUUUGACGCCAAGUGCGCGCGCGUCGAGCUCGUGUGGCACCUUCGCGGCGUGCCGCAUUUGGUGCAGAUCUAUUUUCCCAUCCACCCGAUCUGCUGCUGCGUCACGCAGCGUUCGAAAGACCGGCUCAAAACCCACAUGCCAUUGGAUCCAAGCUCCAAGCUCAGCGCGUUUUUCGCCCACACGUCCAAUUUACUGCACGAGAUGGAGUACCAGAGCCAACUGCAGCAGCAGUUUCUGCUCGCGUGGCUGCUGCGCCAGACGCACCGCCUCCAAGUGCUCUCGUUCGUACUCGCCCUCCUCAUCAACCUCCUUGUCGUCACGACCUUGCGCGCUGACGCCAACACGUCGCAGCCGUACUCGGCCUGGCAGCGCGGCGCGACCACGGACGGACCUGGCAUUGACGCGCUAUUGACGGUCCUGGGGUCGAUCCAAGUCGCGCUUUGCACCACCGUCUUUGUGCUCUACGCGGUGCACACGGUGCCGCUGCUCAUCACGGAAGGCUGGCACGCCGAGAAACGCAAGCUCAAGAACACCAUCGGUGGCACAUCGACGCCGCACGCCCGCAGCGACGUCGACGCCGCCGAGUCGCUCCAGGACGUGGAGGACCUCCUGCGGCUUUUGGGCGACCGUGACGAAGACGUCCUGCGCACCAAGCAAGACCGGGUUCGCAACGUCGUCGUCUCAGUCCGGUUCCUUCUGCGGGACCCGCGGCUGGUGUACUAUGGUCUUUUGGUCAUGAUCCCGGUGCUGGGCACCUAUGUUCACGUGCAAUUCUUCGCCUUUCACGUCCUCGACAUUAUCAACCGGUCCCAGGAGCUCAAAAACGUCCUCAAAGCCGUGGUGCUGCCGGGCAAGUCGCUUCUCCUCAUCUUUGCCUUGUACUUGCUCCUCGUCUACAUCUUUGCGACAAUUGGGUUUUUCUACUUUCGGCCCGAUUAUACGCCAGAGACCAUCGCCAACCCGAAUGCACCGCAGCGCUGCAGCACGCUCUUCCUCUGCUUUCUCUCGUCCUUCGACUUGGCCUUCAAAAGCAACGGCGGCCUCGGCGGUUUCCUCCUGCCCCGGGCCCUCGGCACCGACCCGCUUGCGACGGGCCGUUUUGUGUUUGACAAUGCGUACAACAUCAUCCUCAUGGUCAUUUUGCUCAACAUAACCUUUGGCAUCAUCAUCGACACGUUCGCGACGAUCCGCACGUCGCACAAGGAGCGCGCCGAGGAGCUCCGGGACCGGUGCUUCAUCUGCUCGAUUGACGGCUACACGUUCGACCGGCUCACGAAGCGCGGGUUCGAGUACCACACGCGCCUCGAGCACAACAUGUGGCAUUAUUUGUAUCUCUUCGUGCACAUCAACAAGAAGGACUACACCGAGUACAACGGCAUCGAGCUCUACCUGGCCAUGAAGAUGGCCAAGAACGACGUGUCGUUCUUCCCCAACCACCGGGCGAUGGCCCUUGAGAAGGCCGACCCGACGCUCCAGCUCGUGCCCGACGACGAUGCUUCAGACACGAAUAAGAAGCCAAUGACGACGCCCGUGACGCUGAGCGACGCCAAGCGUGCGAGCACAGACCGCAAGCUCGAAGUCCUCGCCAAGAAGGAGGAUCCGGCCACAGCGCGUCUCGAGAAGCACCUCGACGCGCUCUUUGAGCAGCACGAAUCGCUGCGGGAACGGCAGAAGAGCAUCGAAGACGUCCAGCGCCAAGUGCUUGCGACGCAGCAAGCGAUUCUUGCGCUCCUCAACCAGAAUACUGCUUCGCCAGUCAAGCUCCAGCGCAAGUCCGAGCACUUUUUCCCAGAGUAAAAUAUCCUCUCUGACGACAAAAAGAUUGAUUGCAAGCGACAAUAAACAUCUAUCUA